AUGCUAGGACUGACAGUCGAUACCACCAUCGGCUCCCUCUACGGCCUGGUCAACGGGUCAACCCCCUCCGUGGCCCAAUUCCUGGGCAUUCCCUUUGCUCAGCCUCCUCUGGGAGAUCUGCGGUUUGCUCCUCCUCAACCUGCGACAGUCAAUAGAACAGCCGUCUACGAUGCGACGCGACAGUCCCCGAACUGUCCGCAGUACCCGCUGACCGUCACCACCGAUCCGUCAGUGUAUACCAUCGAUUCUCCCUGGUUGCAGCCCUACGGUCCCUGGUCGGAGGACUGUCUCACGCUGGAUGUGUAUGCGCCCUUGAAUGCAAACAGGGAAGACGAUGCCCUGCCGGUCCUUAUCUGGUUGUUCGGUGGUGGGUUUUAUGAAGGAGGGCUCAUUACGAAUGGGUUCGAUGGUGCGCCCUGGGUGGAACGGACUCAGGAACAUAUCGUCGUUGCAGUCAACUACCGGAAUAACAUCUUCGGUUUCCCCAAUGCAGCAGGUUUAGCAGAAACAGGCGAGAACCUGAACUUGGGCCUCCUCGACCAGCGUCUUGCCGUGGAAUGGCUUCGCGAUAAUAUCGCCUCCUUUGGUGGUGAUCCCACCCGUAUGACGCUCUGGGGCCAGUCUUCCGGUGCUGCGAGCGUCGACUACUUCAAUUUCGCGUGGCCAGACGAUCCUAUUGUUCAAGGACUGAUCAUGCAUUCCGGGAGUGUCUUUGCCACAGGUGCCAGCGUGGAUGUCUCACACAGCAAUUUCACCUUCAUGGCCGAUUCUCUGGGCUGCGGUGGCUUGUCUCCUGCUGACGAACUGGCCUGUAUGCGACACAAUGUCACUGCGGAGGCUUUGAUCGAUCUGUAUGAGAAUUAUACUCUGGGAGCAGAUGAUCCGGCCUUGAAGUUCACCACGAUUGUCGAUAACGUCACCAAGUUUGAGAACUUCACCGAGCGUGCUUUGGCAGGGAAUUAUUCUAAACUGCCCGCCAUCCUCGGCACGAAUGCCAACGAAGAGGCUUCGUUGUUACCCUGGGUCGGUCCAGAGGGAUACAAUCAGUCGUAUAUCCAUUAUCACACUCUUGAAACAGACCAAUGUCCUGCAAACUACUACAAUGGCCUCCGGUAUAAUACUUCUUCUCUCACCUUUAGAUGGUACAACAUGGCGUAUUUCCCCAACACGUCCCCCCGUCCAUGGGAAAAAGCAUACCAUGCCUCUGAGCUGCCGCUCCUCUUCGGUACGUAUCCGUGGUACGGUGGCUCGGCAACAGAGCUCCAGCAUCAGGUAUCGCGUCGUUGGCAAGAUCUCUAUCUUGCUUUCCUCAAGGAUCCGGUCAACGCCCUCCCGCAGAUGGGUUGGCCGGCAUAUGAACCUGAGGGACAUGCUCUUGUCUUUGGCCGUAAUGGUUCCGUCUCGGGCUUGAUGCCUAUGGAAGAGUUGUAUGUUGGCUGUGACCAGUUUCCCUUGCCGAGUCAGUAA